AUCAACACCACCCGCCAUACCAUGAAUACGGUCCUGGUCGACGGAGCGUCACAGUUGGUCAUCCUCGACACUCCCGGUAUCGCUACAGGUGUGAUAGUUAUUUUCCGUUCAAGUUCUGUAAGAAUUUUUUCUGUUUUUUUUCGAUCAGGUCACUUGGCGAAAGCCCAUAAACUGGCGAAGAGUCUUGUGGUGGAUCCGGAAUUGUCUUUGAAGCACGCUGAUAUGAUUUUGGUGGUUGUGGAUGCCAGCGACCGGUACCAUGGCUCGCGAAUCAGCCCGCGAGUGCUGCACCUGCUCUGCCGAUACAGUCAUCUCAUAUCCGUGCUGGUGCUGAACAAGGUGGACCUGAUCAAGAACAAGUCGACGCUGCUCGAAACGGUGAACAUUUUGACGAAGGGCGUCGUUGGCGGCAAGCGAAUACGACGCAAAGUUUCGUACCUGGUGGAUGAACCAGAGGAUGCACGUGAUGACGUGCGGUCAGGGAAACCUGUGCCUGCAUCGCCAACUACCCUCAGCGCUACACACACCGAAACGGAAGAGUGGAAUUAUACAAAUAAGAUCAAGUAA